GCUGCCUGACAGGCCUGCUCAGAUCUCAGGAGGCACCAGCAGCAGCCACUCACUAGUGAAUGAGAUCACAGGGGCCAGGGCGGGAGAAGGGAGGCAGAGCGCAAGCAAAGCGGAGGAAAGGAUGAGGUAUUAAUGGACGAAAAGCAGAGAGGAGAGGGUGGUAAUAGACUGGGAAGCACAGGUCUGUCAGGUCCCGAAAGAACCCUCCAUUUGCUUUGCAGGAUGUGGUACACAGAGGAACGUGACACCAUCUAGUUCAAUGCAGGCAUUUGCAGCUGUGGGGGAAUUCCCCUGGGUGGUGUCGAUACAGGACCUACAACACAACCACCUGGCCUUUGGCUCCAUCCUGAGCGAGCACUGGAUCCUGAGUGCUGCAUCCAGUUUUCAGACAAGGCAUCCGGCUUUCGCCGAGGUUGGUAUAACAGAUCGGAACAUCCAGAGGAAGCCCCAGUCCCAGUACUCAAUCAGCACCAUCAUUCCCCACCAAGACUUCAACGCAAUCACACUGGACAAGAACAUUGCCCUGCUGAAGAUGGCCACCCCCAUAGAGUUCAGUGAUGCUGUUCAGCCCAUCUGCUUCCCCGGCAGGAACCUCACCGCAGCCACCCUGGAGAACUGCUGGGUGUCAGGGUGGCUUCACCCCACCGCAGGACGACGCACGGCAGCGAGCUUUCUAAGGAAGCUCUCAGUAGUGGAUGUGGAUCCCUGCCCCUUGAAGAGAAUCGUUACGACCGAGUGCAGCAGCCACCGGGACUCCGAUAACGUGACUGGAUGUUUGGGGGACCCCGGGAACCCAGUCAUGUGCCAGGCUAAGGGAACUGGAGGCUGGGUUCUGAAUGGAGUGCUGAGUCAGGGCGGCAUGAGAUGCUAUGGACCAUUUCUCUACACCAAAGUGGCCUAUUACAGCGACUGGAUUUCAGCCACAACAGCUGACGCAGGAGUCCCCAUAUAUCCCACGUUUGCCAGAGGGCGCUCUGCUUUUCAAGCUCCGACUGAGGAUUUGGGAGGGUCGUCUGAGUCAGCAGAGAAGGUGUUUCGAUCCUCGGUCAUCGCAGAAGCUGGGUCUGACCGUGGCCAAGCCAAGCAGCGACUGAAGGACAUCCAGCCCGCCCAGGAAGGACUAGCCAGGGCUUACAGCAAGUCUGACCCAGUGUACUAUGACUACUACAGUGGGGAAACGCUCCCCAUUUCUCAGGGGACCUUACAUCUGCCGCAGAUCCUCACGGAAAUGAGCGCUGGUUUCCUUCUGCUCGGGCUCCUGUUUUACUAG